AUGACAGAAAUAGCAAAUCUUCUACAGGUUCCAUUAAAACAAGGAACAAACAAAAAGGGUGCAUAUAAUAGAACUAUGAAAGUUCCUGAUGGAAUGAAAGAAUUAGUUCAUAUUGUUGCUGGUCUUCAAAAAGAUGUUAAACAAAUGAGAAACGUUUUAACAUUACCAGAAGCUCAAGCAUAUGCCAAACGUCAAGGUCCAAAUUGGGAAGCACACGAAGCAGACAUUACGGGUCCAAAUGGAAAACCUGAUGGUAUAAAUGAAGUUUUCGUUACUGAUGGUCAAGGUAAUAUUAAAGUCAUAAAUGGUUACAAAUUAACUAUAACUGAUUAUCCUAAACGUAAAGCAUAUAAGGAACGUUAUCCUAUGCAAUUUGAUGAAAAUGGAAAAGCUGUUAAACAAUACAUUGGAGAAGGUGAAAAUGGUCCAAUUAAUUCAUACCGUUAUAAUCCAUAUUCUUAUUUCAAUGAAGAAUUAAAUGCUAUUGAAGAGGGACCGGAUGGAUUACCACGAUAUUCUAACCAGUUUGAUG